AUGGCGGGUAGCUUUAUUCCACUCUUAGCCAUGGUUCUUGUACAAUUGGGCUAUGCAGGGAUGAAUAUUACCUCAAAGCUUGCAAUAGAAUCUGGCAUGCACCCUCUUGUCCUUGUUGCUUAUCGACAAAUCUUUGCCACUCUAUCCCUUGCUCCCUUCGCUUAUUGGUUGGAAAGGAAUACGGUUCCCCGGAUGACAACGCGCAUUGGGUUCCAGAUACUAUUAUCUUCCUUAACAGGAGUAACAGGAAAUCAGAUACUGUACUUCGUGGGGCUAAAAUAUUCAACCCCUACAAUAGCAUGUGCACUAAACAAUUUGCUCCCAGCAUUCACUUUUGUCCUUGCAGUCCUCUUCAGGCAAGAGCAUUUGAGAAUAAAGACAAAGACAGGGCUAGCAAAGGUGUUAGGGACGGUCCUUAGUGUGGGAGGAGCUGUGCUUUUAUCAUUUUAUCAUGGAAAAGUCCUUGGUCUAGGCGACUCAAGUAUCCACUGGAGAUAUGCAGACAAAAUGGAAAGAGCAACCUCUUCUGCUGGUGCCACAAACUUGCUUCUAGGCCCUGUUGCUGUAAUUGCCAGUGCUCUUGUUUGGGCAGUAUGGUUCAUAAUUCAAGCAGACAUGAGCAAGAGCUUUCCAGUUCCUUAUACGAGCUGUCUCUACAUGUUUUUCUUGGCGAGCAUUCAAUGCGUGGCCAUUGCCUUGUGUGUUGAACACAAGGCCUCAGCCUGGUCACUUCACAGUACUAUAAGAAUUACUUCUGCACUUUACGCGGGGACUAUUUCUACUGGGCUAGCGUAUGUUCUCCUUGCUUGGGCAAUUGAGAGGAAAGGUCCUCUCUAUGUCUCUGUAUUCUCCCCUUUGCUACUUGUCAUCAUCGCUGUUCUCAGUUGGGCUUUGCUUCACGAGCAAUUAUAUGUUGGCACUGCCAUAGGGUCUCUCCUAAUAGUGUUGGGGCUCUAUUUUGUUUUGUGGGGAAAGAACAAAGAGAUGAAUAACAAAGAGGCUACUCAAGAGAUAGUCACAAGGGCAAUGAAGGAUGAGAUGAGUGAGCUAGAAUUGCAACCCUAUGAUCCUUCUAACGGCAACCAUCAUGCUGCUGCUUAG